AUGCAUUCACAGCAUUGUGUGGAGUGCAAUGGAGACAGUAGCAAUUGUGUUGAGGCUUACAGUGAUGGACCUGGUAUUAAAGAUACAGAUCUUGCUUUGUAUGUGUAUGGUACUGCUGAUCAUUGUGAACCGGGUGUUGUUGCUUAUGCUGCGGCCUGCCAAUUAGAAGAUCAAUAUGACAGACCAAUAUCAGGAGUUAUUAAUUUCUGCCCAACUGAUGAUAUUAGCGAUGAAGAGGAAGUUUUUCAAGUUGCUAAACAUGAAAUUUUUCAUGUUCUAGGAUUUUCAGCUAGCUUAUAUCCAUGGUACAGAGAUGAAAAUGGAAACCCAAGAACACGUAGGGAUACCAAUGGUAAUCCACCUACUAAUGCAAAUGGUUAUUAUGUAGAAGAUGAAAAUACAGUUAAAAUGGUAAACUUAACUGACUGGCAAACAAGAUUCGGACCAACAAACAAAAUAGUUAUUCAAUUAGUUACUCCAAAAGUUGUGGAGGUUGGAAGGCGUCAUUUUAAUUGUGAUACUUUGGAGGGUGUUCAGUUAGAGGAUCAAGGUGGUAAUGGCACUACUGGUGCCCACUGGGAGAAAAGAUUACUAAAUUAUGAAGCUAUGACUGGUGUUGUAUCACAAAAUGCUGCAUUCUCCAACUUUAGUUAUGCACUGUUAGAAGACAGUGGUUGGUAUAAAGUUGACUACAGCAAUGCAAGUAUACUAGUCUGGGGACGUGGUGAUGGAUGUGGAUAUACUGCUGGUUCUUGUGGAGGAUAUAUUGACACAAAGAAAAGACAAAAUCAACCAAUGGCUCCAUUCUGUGAUUUCCUUAAUAGUAGAUUGCAUCCUCAAAACCUAUCUUGCAACAUAGACAGGACAGCAGUUGCUUCUUGUAACCUUGCGAGUUACUACUAUGAUUUACCUCGAGAAUAUCAGUAUUUUAAUUCAGGCGCAAAUUUUAAUAGCGUGGCAUCUGGACUCCCAAUUUAUGGCGGAGAUGUUCAAGCAGCAGACUUCUGUCCAUUUUAUGCUGAUUUGACUUAUCGGGCACCUCGAGGUAUAUGCAGGAAAGGGAUCCCCUUAACUGAUAAUAAUGAAGCAGCAGAGACAUAUGGACCUAGGUCACGUUGUGUGGAUCACUCUGGAAAGUGGCAGAUCACUAAUGGCUCAAACACAUACACUGCCCAAUACAGUGCUGGAUGCUAUGAGUACCAAUGCAAUAAUAGUGCUGUCAUAGUAAUGAUUCUUGGACAGUCAUAUACCUGUAGUAGAGCUGGUCAAGUGAUACAAGUUGAUCAGACUGCAGAUGGUGUGAGGUAUCGUGGAGGGAUUAUGUGCCCAUCUUGUGUUGAGAUAUGCUACGAUGAUUUUGAAAAUUGCCCAGAAGCUGCUGAGUUAUAUGGAGAGUUUGCAAGUCCUGCUCCUCCUACUGACAGUGUUGGAAGUCUGCUGCCAAUGGUCGGGUUGCUUUUUGUAGCCAUCUUUGCCUCUUUUGCCAUCAACUAUUAAACUUUAUUAGUGGUCUGUGUGUGUGUGAGAGACUGUAGGUAGUAGUAGUGGUAGUAGAGACUAGUAGUAGUUUUUAGGAACUUUUUGGAGUU